AUGUCUGCCCUGCUGACGCUGUGUGUGGCACUCUUGCUUCUGGGUACCCCCCGCUGUGGUGCCCAACACUGGGAGCCCUGCACAGACCUUCAUCCCCUGGACAUCCUGGCAGAGGCGGUCCCUAUGAACGGUGCUACAAGUGGGAUCCGGAUGGUGCAGGCCGAGGGUGUGCUGGGGCUCCAGUUCUCAGCUGCUGAGCCUCGUACCAUGAGCUUCCCCGCCUCUAGAAUCUUCUCCAGCUGUGACCUCUUCCCUGAAGAAUUCUCCAUUGUCGUCACCUUGAGAGUCCCCAGCCUUCCACCCAAGAAGAAUGAAUACCUGCUCUCCCUGCUGGCGGAGGAGAGGGACACACUGCUGCUCGGCCUGAGGUACUCACCCACACAGCUGCACUUCCUAUUUCUCACCGAGGACUUGGCUGGUGCCUGGCAGACCCGUGUGUCCUUCCGGAGCCCCGGCCUCGUGGACAGCCAGUGGCACACGCUGAUCUUGGCUGUGUCCCAAGGAUCCUUUUCCCUCACCAUGGACUGUGGCUUCCCGAUGGACAUAAUGGCUGACGUUCCCUUCCCACCCACCCUAUCAGUAAGAGGAGCCCGGUUCUUCAUUGGCAGCCGGAAGAGAACCAAAGGCCUAUUCACAGGCCUGAUAAGGCAACUGGUUCUGCUGCCUGGCUCAGAUGCCACCCCAAGGCUAUGUCCCAGCAGGAACGCCAGGCUGGCUGAGCUGUCCAUCCCCCGGGUGCUGAAGAGGCUCACAGAGAAGCCUGAUGCUAACGAUGUGCUGAAAUAUCCCUAUGAAGCUGACAUGAAAGUAACCCUGGGAUCCCGGCCGCCAUGCACCAAGGCAGAGGGUGUCCAGUUCUGGUUUGAUGCCGCCCAAAAGGGGCUCUACCUGUGUGCCGACAGCCAGUGGGUCUCCGUGUUGACAGCCAAGACCAAGCUGGACUACGUGGAGGAACACCAGAGUCUGCACACCAACUCAGAGACCUUGGGCAUCGAGGUAUUCAACAUCCCCGGCGUGGGACUCUUUGCAGCCACAGCCAAUAGGAAGGCUAGAUCCGCCAUCUAUAAGUGGACAGAUGGGAAAUUUGUCUCCUAUCAGAACAUCGCCACACACCAGGCACAGUCAUGGCGACAUUUCACCAUUGGGAAAAAGAUCUUCCUGGCUGUGGCCAACUUUGGGCCAAACGAAAGGGGUCAAGAGUUCUCGGUCAUCUACAAGUGGAGCCCCAGAAAGUUGAAGUUCACCCUCUACCAGAGGAUUGCCACCCACAGUGCCCGGGACUGGGAGGCCUUUAUAGUGGAUGGAGAGCACUUCCUGGUGGUAGCCAACCACAGAGAAGGUGACAACCACAACAUUGACAGCGUGAUCUACAGGUGGAACCCCAGCAGCCAGCUCUUUGAAGCCAAUCAGUCUAUCGCCACAUCCGGUGCUUACGACUGGGAGUUCUUCACCGUGGGGCCCUACUCCUUCCUGCUGGUGGCCAACACCUUUAAUGGCACCUCCACCCAGGUGCACUCCCACCUGUACAUCUGGCUCGUGGGUGCCUUCCAGCUUUUCCAGUCAUUCCUGACCUUCGGAGCUACAGACUGGGAAGUCUUCCACAUCGGCGAGAGGAUCUUCCUGGCGGUGGCGAACAGUCACAGCUACGACGUGCAGAUGCAGGCACAGAACGAUUCCUAUGUCCUCAGCUCUGUCAUCUACGAGCUGAAUGUCACAGCACAGAACUUCGUCAAGUUCCAGGACAUCCCCACCUGCAGUGCCCUGGACUGGGAGUUCUUCUCCGUGGGAGAAGAUCACUUCCUGGUGGUUGCAAACUCUUUUGAUGGAAACACCUUCUCAGUGAACAGUAUUAUUUACAGGUGGCAAGGCUAUGAGGGCUUCGUGGCGGUCCACAAACUCCCCACCUUUGGCUGCCGGGACUGGGAGGCCUUUAAUACCACUGCUGGCUCUUACCUCAUCUACUCCAGCGCCAAAGAACCCCUCUCCAGGGUCCUGAAGCUGCGGACUGGUUGAAGUUACCCAGGACCCCACUGCCUCCUCUCCCUCCCCUCACCACCUCCCAGCAGCUGGGCCUGAG